AUGUCGUCCGUCCGCGCCGUCCCCUCCACCCCGCGCGUCAUCUCCCCCAGCCCGACACCCUCCGAAAUCGAUGCCGCCGCCUCCCACGACAACUACUUUGGCCCUGUGACGAGGUCCGCCGCGAAGAAGCGCCGUGCCACACCUCAACCGCUGACGGAGCGUGCCGACGAGCAUGGACACGAGCCGUCGACGACCCGCAGGUCGCGCACGAGAAGCCGCUCGCCCAUCGAGUCGCGCCGAAUCACCCCCAUGACUUCGGUCAAGCCGCCGCAGCCCGCCAAGAGAGGCAAAUCCCCCGUCAUCCCGAGCGAGCCCAUCACCAACCACGUCACCGCCGUCGUCGACGACGGCGAACCAAACGGCAGCGGCAACGGCAAAGUCCCCACCGCCAACGGCCACCUGGCCCCGCCGUCGGCUGCGCCUGUCGGCUGGAGCUGGCGGGACUUCAGUCGGAGCCCCAGCCCGCUGGGCCUCAUACCGAUCCACAGGAAAUGGCGGACGUUUGUACACAAGCACGAGGUGCCGAGGAAGGUCCUGCACGUCUCCAUCGGCUUUUUCACGCUGUGGCUCUACAUUUCGGGCAUCCAGACGAGCUCCGUCGCGCCGUGGCUCUUCGCCGCCCUGAUGCCCAUCACGACCGCCGACUACCUCCGUCACAACUACGCCUCCUUCAACCGCUUCUACGUCUCUGUCCUCGGCGCCCUGAUGCGCGAGAGCGAAUAUGCCGGGUGGAACGGUGUCAUCUUCUAUUUGCUUGGCGCCUGGAUCUCGCUCCGCUUCUUCCCCAAGGACGUCGGCGUCAUGAGCAUCCUCCUGCUCAGCUGGUGCGAUACCGCCGCCAGCACUUUUGGGCGACUGUACGGCGCCUACACCCCGCGUAUCCGCCGCGGCAAGUCGCUUGCCGGGUCGUCGGCGGCCUUCCUCGUCGGCGUCAUCUCCUCGUACUUCUUCUGGGGGUGGCUCGCGCCGCGGACGGGGCCUUUCCCCGGUGACGAGGACUAUCCCUUCAUGUUCACCGGGGCGCUGCAUCUACCCCGCGCCAUAGCAAGCGCCGUUGGACUCUCUGAUGCUCAAGCCACCAUUACUGGACCGUUAGCGCUCGGAGUCAUGGGUCUAUGGUCCGGCUUUAUGGCGGCCGCCAGCGAGGUGGUGGACAUUUUCGGCUGGGACGACAACCUGACGAUCCCAAUGCUCAGCGGGGCUGGUAUUUGGGGAUUCCUCAAAAUCUUUGGCUAG